AUUAAAGUUUCUAAUGUCAUAGAUCAUGCAAUAUAGUUGUUCUCGUACAAAAUUGUUUAUUUUUCAUUGUUUUGUUAUUCUCCUUUCACGAAAGUAAAACAAUAAAAAUUUAAUAAAACGCCAUAAAUCGAUCAUUCGAGUGAUAUAAAAUCAAUCAAUCAUAUUUUGAAACUAUACUGAUUACAGGGUGAAUUGAAUACGGUUAUGAAGAUUGUGAUUCUAACAAAAAUCAUCGAACAAAAACAAAUUACUUAAUACAGUGACUUUAUAAGCAGCAGCCGCAGAAUUCGUACAAUUUGCAAUUUAUAAAAGAGCACAAUGCCUCGUUAUGCUGAGGGAGCAGCUGGAAGUGGAGGAUCAGACAAAAGUUUCUGUAGUAAACCAUCGCGAGGUUGGCUGCACACAGAUCAAACAAUUCUAAACGAAGGAGUCACCUUUAACGUUAGGUACAUAGGAUGUCUCGAGAUACGAACCUCCAUGAAAUCAUUAGACUUUUCGCUGAGGUCGCGAGUGGCAAAGGAAUGCAUCACUCGUGUUUGUGAGGCGGCUGGUUUGAAAACGUCUAAGAAACGACGUGUCGAUAAGCAAGUUAUGCAAUGCAUUUGCGAAAUGCCCGAAAUGUAUAAUGCCGGCUCGAAUGCAACUCUGACAGUGUCCAGUAAAUUCUUGUCGUUAGUUACAUUGGAAACCAACGAGGAAAUAGCUAAACACGAUAUGCCCAGGAUAUCAUUUGCAUCCGGUGGUGAUAGUGAAACCUUGGAUUUUGUAGCUUAUGUAGCUAAAAAUGAAAAAGAGUGGAGAGCCUGCUACGUUUUAGAAUGUGGUGGGGGCCAAGCACAAGACUUAAUUGCAACAAUAGGACAAGCAUUUGAACUGAGAUUUAAUGAAUAUUUCAAUAAGGCACAAGACAAAGUGAAUCUGAAUACUGAUAAGGAGUACUACAAUGAUUUGCCCGGUAAAUUGCCACCGGACAUGUUACAUGAAGACGAACUGGAGAAACGAUCGCAACGCAAUGUAGUUAAGAAGCCUCGCGAACGGCUCAGUAGCAAUCUCAUCGACUUGAACAGUCCACCACCGGAUCACGACUAUGUAAAUGAAAAAGAUCCGAACAGUAACAGUGCACAAGCUCGAGAUGUGUUUGAUAUGCAACCAUUUUCAUUAACAGCCGAAGUUCAACGGUCACAGUUAAUGACGGAAACAUGGUUCCAUUGCGCCAUCAGCCGACCAGCUGCCGAAAGCUUAUUGAAAAAUGACGGUGACUUCUUGGUGCGCGAAUCCCAAGGCAAACCCGGUCAAUACGUUUUAACCGGUCUGCAAGCAUCCACACCAAAACACUUACUACUCAUCGAUCCCGAAGGAAUCGUUCGAACAAAAGAUCGAAUCUUCGACAGUAUCAGUCAUUUGAUCAACUAUCACUGGUUGAAUUGCUUGCCAAUUAUAUCCGAGGAAAGUGCAUUGAUACUGCGAAAUCCGAUUGCUCGUAAUCCACAAAUGGCGAAAUAACAGCGACGGAAUUUGUUGGAAUCUUUUAAAGUUUCGGUGUAAUUUGCUUAGUGCUCUUAUAUCUGUGUCGUGAACGACUCAAAAUUGUACGUAUACACGAAUCUGAUAAUAUCGAACCGAUGAAGGUAACUGAAUGAUCUUUUUACGUAAGUUAGUCAGACAACGAAAUUAAUCAAAACAAUCAUAUAUUUACUUAAGUGAUGUUAAUGGUAGACGAGACCGUUGAGA